CAGAGUUUGUAUUGCUAGGAAGGAGUAGCAGUAUAGGACUGAGUAGGGAAAUGUUUGCUUUACCUACCUAAUGGAAUAGUCCAGGGGUGAGAUUGUUUGGUUAAGUGGACUAUUUAAGCAGAAGAAUGCAGGUGUUCGAGGAAAAAGGAGCAGGGUGGAAAUUAGCUUCAUCUGCGCUGGAUGGAUGGAUGCAGCAAAAUCUCUCAAAAAGAAGCUGGCUCUCCCCUUGAUUGUUGCAUUAAUCUUCAUUCUUCUAUUCAGUGUGAAUAUGCCAAACAGCAACAACAACUCAAUCCCAAAACCACAUGGGCCACCAGUUGUUUGCUCCUUGGGAGUAUCUGAGCAGACCAUCACCCCACUCAAAAAUACCAAGCACUUACUGGUGUCAGCAUACGUGGACCAGAGAGUGAAGGAUUUGGAUAUACGCAUCAUUGGCAUAUUUAAGAGAGACUCCAUACAGCCCCUUCACUGUGCUUUUUGCUGCACAAAUCUUUUAAGUAAAACCACUCCAGCAACAAUUUUACAACAUUCUGAUCACUUUGGUUUUCCCUUCGCCACUACGGACGUCAUGUGUCAAAUUCCUCAGAACUGCAACGCUACACAUGUCACUCUCUUGACUACACCAGACAAAGAAAGUGCAUCUGACUCUACCUGGCUUCCUAUACGAAACCAAAAGAGCGACAGGCAAAAGGAAAACAUAAAGUUUGACUUCACAGUCUGCAUCUCUAGUCUGUUUGGCGACUACAACAAUGUGCUUCAGUUUGCAGAGACUCUGGAGAUGUACAGGUUGCUGGGUGUGAACAGAGUGGUGAUCUAUAACACCAGCUGUGGUCCAGAGCUCAAUCGCCUGUUGCAGAAUUACAGCCAGGAGGGCUUUGUGGAAAUGGUUCCUUGGCCCAUUGACAAGCAUCUGAAUCCAUCUCGUGGCUGGCUUCACUCAGAGCACGGAGGAGACGUGCACUACUUUGGCCAGCUGACCACACUUAAUGAGUGCAUUUACAGAUCAAUGGAGCGUUCUCGCUACGUCCUGUUGAAUGACAUUGAUGAGAUUCUAAUGCCAUACCAGCACAAGGACCUGAUGUCUUUGAUGAACACGCUCCAAAAUCAGCAUCCAAAUACAGGAGUAUUUCUCAUUGAGAACCACACCUAUCCCAAGAAGCCUUUUAAUCAAAGUAAAUGGGGACCCCUGCCUCAAUGGAACGGGGUGCCAGGCUUUGAUAUUAUGGUGCACAUCUACAGAGAGGAGCCUAACAGAAAUAUUUACCAUCCACACAAGUUAAUAGUUCAGCCAAGAGCAGUGCAGCAGACCUCAGUGCAUGAUGUGCUUAAGAUGUCUGGAGCAAAGUUCAAGGUUCCACCAGACGUCUGUCGGAUCAUUCACUCGCCAAUCAGUACUCCGACCAAUCCACCACUUGAUCAGCUUCAUGUGGACACCCGACUGUGGGACUUUAAAGACAAACUGCUCCCCAAUGUGAUCAAGGUGCUGCGGAGAGCAGAACUGCUGAGAUCAGAGACGCAAAACUGAUAGAUGAUGGACACAAAUAUUGAAGUUUUAGGAGAAAAAAGCUGGUCAACAAAACACAGGCUGACCUAUAGGGUUGGCAUGGGGUGGCAUGUGCCAGCCUAAAAUAAUCUCUUUCCAUCCCAAGUCCACCCUAGUUUUGCAUAUCACAAUGCUGUAUAUUAAAAUUAUCUAGCAUUAACACUCUGAGCCUGGCUACAAGUAACAUUAAGUAUAAAUUCUAAAACUGAAUAUACUGCAUAGCGUUACCUCCCUGCACCACUAAAAAAUGGUUCAGCCCAUAAAGCAAACGAUUUAAUUUCUUGUUGUCAGUAGCAACCAUGCUUAUGAUUGUGCCAGAGCACACAAUCAUAAGCAUUUUGAAUCAACACCAUGGCUAUUUUCCGAUUUCAACACAGGUGGUUGAUUGCUCCACUCUAGAACUGGAAUGAAGGUGAGUGUUAUUAACCCCCUGGGUUGACGGACAUGACCAAUUUAAGCUGACAUAGCUACAAGCUGCAGCCAUGCAUCUUCUAGCAUCAGGGUCUCUAUUUCAGCUUGUGUUGAAAGUCCAGACUUCAAACUAUAUCCAAGUUUUUACAUUUUAUUGAUAGGCCACUAACACUGGAGUUAUGAUAAGAAAAAAAAAA